AUGGCUUUGGUGAGAAAUAUAUUGGGUGCGAAGAAAAUUCUUGGCUAUUCUACGAGCAAAAGAGCAGCCUCAACGACACCAAAAGGGUUUCUUGCGGUGUACGUAGGAGAGAGCCAGAAGACGAGAUAUUUGGUGCCAAUCUCAUACUUGAGCCAGCCUUCUUUCCAAGCUCUUCUCAGCAAAUCCGAAGAAGAGUUUGGUUUCAAUCAUCCGAUGGGUGGAUUAACGAUUCCUUGUCAUGAAGAUAUCUUCAUCAACGUAACGUCUCGGCUCCAAUGA